GGGGGGGGGGGGCGUGUAGAAAGCUGUCGGCAGCGGCAAGCGAAGCAAAAAGGCCAGCCCGGCGGCAGCAGUAGGGAGCGGUAGCGGAGCGGUAGGGUUCUCUACUAUGUAGAAAGGCGAGCCAGGAUGCGAAAAGGUACACUCACUUUUUUUUUUUUUUUUUUAUAAACCACACGCAGCGCCGGCUUGGUGCAACGCAGAUGGAUGAAUGGGUUUCCUCUAGAGUGUCUUCCCCCCUUAGGCCAGUCAAGUCAAAACCCAAGCAUGGCCCAGGACUGGCUUGAGGGACAGGGCAGACAGGGCAGGCAAGUCAACAGGGCAGGCAAGCCGGCACGGCAGGGCAGGGCAGAAAGGAAGAUGGAUGGGGACGAAGCGGAAUGGGGUCAGACAGGGAGGGGGUAGACAGCCCAGUGACAGGGAUAUACAAUGUGGAUAACGGGGACAGAGACGGGGAGGAGAAGGGGUGGGGGUGGGGGAAAAGGGGGUGAAUCUCGGACAAGGGACAGAGAUAGAAACAGACCUCAAUAGAGAGAGAGGGUGUUCGUAGAGGUAGAGGAGCGGGACGCUCUAUCGGCGAGCAGCCCUAAAAGGAAUAGGAUGUGGAAGAACUGACUAGCAGCCCCAGCAGCACACACCAGGGCGCACAAUGACGGUUGGCGGGCGUGUAGCUGUCCCUUAUGGCACUCUCUCUUCCUCCUCUUGUUUUUUGAUUAGUGAGAUGCAAGCACAGUACCAGCGAUGCAGCCCUGUCUGUCUGUUUCUUUGCUAUUUUUUCUUGAGCCA